AUGAACAAGUCUGAUGCGCAGUCGUCAAGCUAUGUAAAGGCUAAACUAUCACCUACAGAUGUGCAAUACUGUGCUCUGGAUGCAGUUGUCUCAUUAUGGGUUUGUCACAGGGCAUUGGCAUCGUUAGCACAAGGAGGCCAACUUGUUGAUCCACAUCCAACUUUGCAAGUAGGGAAACGCUGCAUCGUUACACACAACACAAAGGACAUUGCUGCCGGUACUCUUCGGUUUGUUGGAACCAGAGGAGAGCAGAGAUCAUGGAACAGAAAAACAUUAGGUAGGGCGGAUUGCAUGGUUGCUAUUGAAAGUCCGAUUGAUGAAGCGUUUGAACCAAAAAGAAGGCAUUCAUCCUGGCCACAAACGGCAAAAACACUAGGAGAGCUGAAGAGAAGUCUUCAUACUUUUGAACUGACAGUGAAAGUCAAUCAAAUCAAGAUCCUUUUGGAUGACUAUCAACCAUCUUGCACGCCAGCCAUGGUAGGCGAUGCUACUGUCCAACCUUUCCAAGUCGACAAGAGCUAUCUUGAUGGGCUACUACAGGAACACCAGGCCAGCAACAACAGUACACCAAUGGUGCCAAUGCAGGUUGAUAUCAUUGGCCAGGAGGAUGACACUGAGGACAGGGCUGCUGCUGGCCUUGAAGCAGAGAUCCACAAGGACAGUGAGACUGGUUUGCUUUUGACAAAGUCAGUGAGGGAUCUUUUUCACCAAUUUCACAACAUACCACUGUCAGAGAAAGCGGAUGAAGCGGAACAUGUCUGCCAGUUCCUCCUUGCUGAAACUUGGAUCAACGAUGAGCACGAUUAUGCAAAUGUUGUCAAAGUGGUCCUUAGCAAAGGUGAAACGGAUCUUGCUUCCCACGAGUUCUUCCAAAGGGAGUAUUGGCGAAAACAAGUCAGACGAAACACCCCACUCCCGAAGGAUCAUGCUAAUAACAUUCGAGCUGUGCAAUAUGAAAUAUGGACCAACAGGGCAUUUGAGAGGAUUCGCACCAAGCCUUUAGAACAAUGGUUUGAAGAGUUUGUUGCCAAUGCAGAGAAUGGCUUGUACUACAUACCUCCAGACAUGAAAUUCUACAGAGUUGACAGAAUCGAUGCAGAUGGAUUGAAAAUAUAUCUGACUGACUUCGGAACCAAUCUAAAUGAGUCUCUACACCAAAAGUAUGCUGACCUAGUGGGAACAUUUGCAGUGGGAGUCGAAACUGCAGAUAUCCUAUUAGUCCUGAGGUCGUUCCGCUUCAACAUUGCUGCAGGAAUUGCAAGAUGCGGUGAGCCGGAUUUUUGCACUGACAGACAUGACAUUGUGGACAAAACUCAACACUGGCUGAUGCACAUCUUGCCACAUUAG